AUGUCGAAUCUACAUCUUUACCCUCUUCAACCUAGCCCUUUGGGGAGUGCAUGGUCUAGGAUUGAAGCCGCUCCUGAAUUGGUGACCAACAUUCUUGGCCACUUAGAAAGACACGAGCAAGUUCCGGCAAGCCGCCUCAACAAGAAGCUUAACUUCAUAGCCACCGCGUUGAUAUGGUAUCGUGUAGACUGUAGAGUCUUUUUGUUCCUUGCCAGAGGCAUUAUGUGGACCAAAGGCACCUAUAGACAGCGCAUGAUCAGGCUCCUCCGAACUCCUACAAAAGCGGACUGGGCACGGUGGAAACCUCUUGCUGAGAUGACAAGAGAAUUCUCCGAUCAGUCCAUCGACUCUGCUUAUGGUCUCGAGGAUCACGAUAUCUUCAGGCUUCUCGCCACUCGGCCAGAAAUGCACCUAUUCCCGAACUUAUCCAAGGCCUACAUCAUGGAGGCUCAUCUUUCGCCACUUUUCUUAUCGCCCACUAUUUCCGAGCUUCACCUCACCGUUAGCUUCGAGGAUCAGCACGGUCACGCUUCAUAUAUGGAAGACACUGCUCCGUGGAUAUCCGACUACAUUUCCAACCUGAAAGCAUUGCACGUCUAUCCAUGGCGCAUAUUGCCCACCUCCGACUCUCAUUCUCCUGCCACGGCCACCAUUCGUUCUAUUCUCCACGGCGCUUGUAAAACUCUGACAGAGACCAGUUUCCCGGUGUACUACGCUGACUGGAGAAUGCUUCAAUCCCUUCUACAAUCCGAAAACCUCCGCUCGAUCCAGUCCAAUCAUCAUUCGCUGGCAGGCCCCGCAGAGCCAAUCCUAUACACUGGAUGUCGAGAUCUUUUAUUCUGGACCUAUGGCGAGAUCAAUUUUCCAAUGAACCUGCACCUUCCGUUCAAAAACCUCGUGGAUCUGGACAUUUCCUUUCCCUAUCCCGGUAUCGCCACACAACUCUUACACGAGACUGUUCUUACUCAACUCAACUCUCUUACCCUCCAUUUCACGGUCUUAACGUCCAACAAUCUCGGCGUUCCCUCUUCUGCUCAAUUCUCGCUUACGCCCCUAUUCUACCGGAUAUAUGACUCUGCCCCGCAAGUCCAGCAUCUGAAGAUAUUCAUGGUUCCAUCCCAGCAGAAGUGUUCUUCCAGUAUAAGGAACGUUCCCGUUGUCAACUGGAUCGACUUGUCUCCCAUAACCCUCCUCGUUAACCUCGUUUCCUUCGAUAUCACUCACAUCUAUCCAAUCGACAUAUCGACACAUCAUAUCGCCAAGAUCACUCGUGAACUUCCAUCCUUGACAAGACUUAUCCUCAAUCCCCACCCUGUGAUCAUACGCAAUACUUCGUAUGGUCUCGAUGUAUUAUUUGCAAUGGCCGCAUGGGGAAAAACCCUCAAAGAGGUGGGAAUAUUCAUGAACUACCACGAAACAAUGCCCUCCAUCCAAGAAGGCGUCUUCUUCAGCCUACUUCGCACUUUAUACGUUGGCCUUUCCUUUACGCCUGAAGAUGAUACGAUAUAUAAUGCAACAUGUCACGCAUUAUAUUAUCUCCUACCUCCCAGCGCCAAAAUCAAGACGUAUCCCUCCUCCCUUGCACCCUUCCGUCCUGUCUCGACAUUUUUUGAGGACAAUGAUGGAUCACUCUCCGAAUUCUCAGACACCUGCCUUGAUGACUUGCAAGAUGCCUGGGGAGGGGUAAGAGGGGCUAUCAAACAGAUUCGUGAGACUGUUCUCCUUGUUCAUGGGAGCCGGAUGGUGAGAAGUGAAGACAUGGAGGCCAAUGACAUAAUAUUUCAACAUCUUUUCGCUAGUUAUGUUAUGAAUACGAUAUAUUCAUUUGGGUGUUCUUCUCUCUGCACGGUGACUCAAAGCAAUAAUAAAGGUCUUUGCCUCGAAUCAUUUCCCUCUCUGUCCAUUCUUGCAUUGCCAGAUCUCGAAACAAUGUCUCGGAAGCGUAUCAACCAAGCUGGUCUUCAAUGCCUGGUCGACUACCCGCAAGUAACCGGUUGGCCACGCCUUCAACAGGUCCCAGAACUCUUGACCCAAAUACUUGACAAUUGUACCAUCAAUACAAGAGUUGCUAUGACCCGUGCUAGCAAACUAGUGCCAGCUAUAUUCGAUGAACACGAUGCCAUAUAUAUACGCACUGCUCCAACGGCCCUUCAAUGGAAAUCAUGGCUACCGCUUGCAGAAUAUGUGAAAGUAUUCCAGGACAAUUCCCUCCACGACGGUCACAAGCUCACCAAGGAUGGCAUCCAGCUCCUGAAUACAACUCGCCCAGUUCUUCAUAUAUUCCCCAACCUACACACCGUCUACAUCUUCGACUACAAUUUCCUGCCAAUUUUCAUGUCACCGAAACUCAGCAUAAUACACCUCACCAUGACGCAAGAGUUUCUCCAGGACCAGAAUUACAUCAGUGCCAUCACCUCUGCACUCGAAGACUACUGCCCUAACAUCACCGAGCUCCACAUAUAUCUUGUCAAUAAAUGGGAUUGUCAACUUAGCCACAAGAAGACCAUCCAGGCACUAUGCGCUCUCAUCACAUCAUUCUGCUCCACCCUUAUCCAUGUCAGCUUUCCGGUACAUCUUGUCACUUACGAAAUCCUCGAACGACUCAUGCGCUGUCCAUACCUUCAAUCGAUAGGCCAAUCGAUACAACCCGACAGGAGUGGCCUACGGAGUCAUACGGAUAUAUGCAAAGGGUUGAACUGCCAUGUCAUCAAUUCGUAUAAACGACAUGACAUAGAGUUACCGCACGCACCAUUCCCUGUGAUCGAAGAAAUAGACCUUCUGGUGCCAAACUUCAAGGCUGCUCGCAUUUUAUUUUGCUGCUACACGUUUUCCAAUCUCGACACUCUCAAUCUCUCCUUCCUUGGGGCGAAACAGGUGGAAUGGUCAAAAACAAAACGCGACGAUUUAUUACAAAGCAUACAUCAUUGUGCACCUCAGCUCAAACAUCUUGGCCUAUUCAUUCUUUCCCCAUCAUCUUCAUUCGUCAAAGACUUCCCGAGGAUUCAAUGGUCGAGUCUUCAAGUUGUGGCAAGAUUCACACUCCUCGAAUCAUUUCAGCUCCUUCAUCCUUACCCGGCUGAAAUCACUCGCUCUCAGCUCGGUAUACUCCUCUCCAAGCUCCCGCACCUCACCAAAUUCAUUCUUAAUCCGCAUCCCGGAGUGCAUACAGUAUCUUCUUUUGGAGUGGAUGUUCUUUCAGAGGUGGCCAGACGGAGACCAGAGUUGCAGGAGUUGGGAUUGUUCUUCAAUAAGAACGUACAGCUGCCACCAAAGAGCACCCUGGUAACUCCUUUCCAUUCCCUUAAAAUAUUUUAUCACGGAACUUCAACAGUACCUGGAGCCCAAAAACCUUUCAAAGAUCUUGCUUGCUACUUACUGUCCAUUUUACCUCCUGAUACUGAAUUUUUGCAUUAUCCUGAGAAUUUCGCCUUUUUGAAGAACAAGCGUAGUUUUUCUAUUCUUCCGAUUACCCAUGAGGUUUUAGAUGCUAGAUUACGUCCUGCUACUGAUGCGGCUCAGUUGUGGAGUCAAGUGAAGGAGACCAUGGAUCUUAUUAGGGACUUGAGAGUGGAUUUACUCAUGAAUUAG